ACAUAAUUAAUCCCAGAAACAAUUUCGUCGAAGAACGGACUCUUUCACUCAAACCGACCAUCAGUGCAAGUGUUUCGUGGAGGAAAUUAGUCUCCGGAGCCACCACUGAUUCCAAUUUAACUUCUUCAGUGCCCACAUUUGCGAAUCCGUUCUUGAAUGAAAUGAUUGUCAUUGCAAAAAGAUCGAUGACGAACUCAAGAAGAAUGCCUGAACUGUUUGGAAUCCAAUUAGGCGCCAUUCUGGUCACCGGAUUCAUCCUGACGACGAUGUUUUGGCACUUGGACAAUUCCCCCAAAGGGGUUCAAGAACAAAAUGGGUUCUUUGCCUUCGCCAUGUCCACCACCUUCUACACUUGCUUCGAUGCCAUCCCUGUUUUCCUCCAAGAACGCUACAUCUUCAUGCGAGAAACUGCUUACAAUGCCUACUGCCGAUCAUCGUACGUCCUCACCCACUCCAUAAUUUCCAUCCCUUCCUUAAUCGUCCUCUCCAUCUCCUUUGUCGCCAUACCUUUCUGGACGGUGGGACUCACCGGCGACCUCCAUGGGUUCCUCUUCUUCUUCUUCACCAUCCUCGCCUCCUUCUGGGCCGGAAGAUCCUUCGUCACAUUCAUCUCCGGCGUCGUCUCCCACAUCAUGCUCGGAUUCACCGUAGUAGUCGCCGUCCUCGCCUACUUUCUCCUCUUCAGCGGCUUCUUCAUCUCCCGCAACCAAAUCCGCUUAUACUGGAUAUGGUUCCACUACAUCUCCCUAGUAAGGUACCCAUAUGAAGCUGUUCUACAGAACGAAUUCGACAACCCAACAAAAUGCUUCGUCAAAGGAGUCCAGAUGUUCGACAACAUGCCGUUCGGAACAGCACCGUUGGCAGUGAAGCUGAAGCUGUUGCAAAUUUAAGUAGAGAAAUUGAAUUUUCAAGAAAAAACAAUGCUGCCA